AUGACGCUGCUGGCCUCCGAGAGGUCACUCCUCAUCCGGAACAAGUUCCGCUCAGUGCUGCAGCUGAGGAUUCAGAACCGAAGGCAGAGUGAGAUCAAUGCAGACCCUGAGAAGACUGUGUGUGGUGCCCAGAGGCACAAGAAGGCUCGCCAGGUGCAGGACCUCACCGACAGGAUCCAACGUCUGCCCGUUCCUGUGCAGCAACAGCACGAACGCACAUUGCCUCUGGAGAACCGCUCGGCCUCCUUCCCUCUGCCCGCUGAUGUCUUCGAAGAUGACAUCUCCUCCUGCUCCUCUUCCACUUCCACCGAGCAGCAUGGUCUCCACCAAUCACCAGCCUUUUCUUCUUUACCAGGGCUCUCAGGCGACCAAUUAUUGAGGGAGUUAUCAGCUGUGGCUCCGCCCCUUAACCACAGCUCUGGUCAAUCUCAGUCUGGUUUGGCGAUGCUCGCGGCAACCGAGGGCAUCAGACAGCCGACAAGUGUUACACUGAGUGAAUCAAACUCCAUGGCAACCACUGGGAGACCAAACGGGAUGUAUGUGACCUCUCAGACCACACCCCUGCUGCCAAAGACAGCUCGGCCUCCCAGCCCCCCUGGCUCCUCCUCCCUACCACCUUCCCUCCACUUCAACCAUCUCCCUCGCCCGCGGAAACUGCGAGACACCAAACCCAAAAUGAGGACACUUACAUAUCACCAGUACAUUCCUCCAGAUCAGAGAGGAGGGUCUGGGACGGGAGGUACAGAUGUGAUGUUUGGCUUUCCAAAUUAUUCAAAAACACCUUUCAUUUGUCCUUUCCGUCUUGCUUUUCUGCAACAACAACAACAACAACAAAAGCUACAGCCACAACAAAAGCUACAGCCACAACAAAAGCUACAGCCACAACAACUCAUGGUUGUGCCCAGUGGAGAUCGCAAUAAUCUUGGGAAGUCCUCUGGAGCCAUGCCUUUGAAUCCCCAGCCUGUUCCUGCCACAACAAAUCAAACCCCUACAAACACAAACCCUACAUCCAAACCUGAGCCUCUUCCUGCAAAUCUUGUUGAUCUAACUGUGUCUGAGUUGCGGCAGCACCUGCGAAAGCGUGGCCUCCCCGUUUCCGGCACCAAGCCUACUUUGCUGCAGCGUCUCCGCCCCUUCCAACUCCCCCACACUUGCCCCACUCCUGCUCCCUUCAGCCAGCUCGGUACCAUCGUGGAGCCCCUCACCCCCUGCCUCCCGCUGCCACCAAGCCAGAGUCCCAGCUCAAGCUCCAGCUCUGGAUUAGACUCACCCAACAUGAGUCCAAACCAACAGAUGUACAACGCGGACAGGGGAAUUCCUAAUGGGAUACUCGGUGACGCUCCAAAUGGAGUUCUGAACACAGUGCUGAAUGGUUUCUCAGCAGGUGAAAAUUGUAGUCUUACCAACGCUGUCUUCCUGGCUCCUGCCAGCACAGCCUCAGGAACUCCAAGUCCCAGUCUACCCAUGUCAUCCUCUUCACCCCUGCAGUGCGGGACUUCAUGGAGAACUGAGAAUGAUCAGCAGCAGCAGGAGCUGAGUGUCGAGCUGGAGAUGAGGGAGAGGUUAAGGAGUAGGCCAAGGGACCGCUCCAAUAAAACCAGCAACAAGGAUACUGGAUCCUCGAAUGGCACGCAAGAACCAGAUGCACAGACAGAGGUGUUGUUUACACAGGUGUUUUGCUGCCAGCCCUGUGAUGUGAUUGGCCAGGAUUUUGAGCUGCCAGUGCAGAUCACAGCAAGUCCAGUUCAAACCUUGCUCGGUGUUCGCAGCUUGGAGGAAGAACUACAGGAGGCCAUUCAGAAAGCACAGAUGGACCCUCCGCAGUCCAUAGACGACAUUCUGGAUGAGCCUAUGACUUAUGUUGGCUCUGGCAGUGUCUCUGAUCAUAAAUCCUCUACCCAGUCAGUUCCCGGCCCCUCACCUCCUCCUCAAGCUGAUCAGUCCCAGGCCUCCCAGCAGCACAACAAAGAUGACAGCUUCCUGCCCUCACCUCUUUGCUCCUCUCUCCUGCUUGAACUCCCCCCAUCUCCAGCUUUAAUAAACCCCAGCCAGGUGAUUCCAGCUCCUCCCCCACCCCCCAUCUGCACCUCCCCUCUGUCGUCCACCAGGAAGUCACGAAAACGGCGAGCUCCGACACUGUUUGAUGCCGCUGACUGGCUCGAGACGAUGACAUCUGGCCUCCGCCCACUUACUCCACCGACGGCUCCGUUUGUUGAGUCAGACUUCAGUCUGGAUUCAGAUCUGAAUGUCAGUCGAGUGUUGGAUCUAAUGAUAGAGCAGUGGUGA